CACGUCCGCGGAGUCCCCGCUGCUCUUCCUCUCCGUGGCUGCGGCCUUGCCGGAGCCGGAGCCCCGCAGCAGGUCGGAGGUAACUUUAAUUAUUUUCUGGUCAGAUAUGGAGCUCCUCCUGUGGCUCUGCUCGGCUUUUUCAUCACUACUUCGAUGUACAAGCGACAGAGAGUCAGCUCCCUCCUACGGUCGAGACAAAAGACUGUUUUUUCCUGUGGCUGUUGAGGGAGUUCUGUCAGUCUGGCAGGUUCAGCGAAUGCUGCACCUCGUUCUUUUAUGCUGUCAUUGCAGAAUUGUGACCUUCCAGUAGAGAAGGCUCUGGGGCAGAAAACGUCGAACUACAGAAACAAUUGGGCAUUUUUUUCUCUUUUUUUCUCCCCUGGAUCUGUUCAAUUGUAGAACUUCUAACAUUUAACUGACAUCUCAGUGCAGGUAGCACACAGACACAGGAAGAAUCCAAAUACAACUGAAGACCAUGGCAACACACUGGAGAAGAAUCCUGACAGUAUUUGUGACAGCUCAAGUACUACUAUUUGUGGUAAAUGCCUUUGAGGAAGAGGACGUACCGGAGGAAUGGAUUCUUCUUCAUGUUGUCCAAGGUCAGAUUGGAGCAGGAAACUACAGCUAUUUGAGACUAAAUCAUGAAGGAAAGAUUGUUCUUCAGAUGCGGAGUUUAAAAGGUGAUGCAGACUUGUACGUGUCUGAUGUGACACUUCACCCCAGCUUUGAUGAGUACGAGCUACAGUCUGUGACCUGUGGCCAGGACAUCGUCCACGUGCCUGCACACUUCCGCCGCCCUGUGGGAAUAGGGAUUUAUGGCCACCCCUCUCACCUGGAAAGCGAGUUUGAAAUGAAGGUGUACUAUGAUCGAACAGUUGUACAGUACCCGUUUGGUGAGGCUUCUUAUAACCCUGAGGAGAUGGAGGCAAACCAGAAAUACUCACAGUCUACAGAAGACGAAUCUCAGGAUGAGGAGUCUGUUUUUUGGACUAUACUUAUUGGAAUCUUGAAAUUAAUACUUGAAAUCCUUUUUUAAAUUGAUACACACUGGACUUAAGUCACACUUCAUCCUGUGAAAUUGGUAUGAAUGACUUGCUGUAAUACUUAAUACUCACUAUAUUUCCUGAAGAAAUAUUCAGGUUACAUUUCCUAAACCAGAAAGGAAGUGGGGAGAAAAAGCCAUAUUUAAUUUUAUAUUGUAAAUCCUCCCCAAUAUGUAAAAUGAGCAGCCAGCACAGUAUUUGCAGUGCUCUUCAGAGAUCAGGGCUUAAAAAUGAAUGUAUAGUUGGGAUCUUGUUAAAUUCACUUAAAAUAGGUGCUUAGGAAAAUCAAUUCCAAUUCAGUAUUUUCUAUUGUUUUUUAUAAAGAAAAAUGAAUAAACUACUGCACUUCA